AGGCCCGGCCCGGAGCCUCCAAAGUGCAGCUUCUCUGCCCACUGUCGGAGAGCCAAGGGCCGGAGUGGAGGUGAUGAGUCCCCAGGAUAUGGAGCCCUCGGCCAUCUUCGCGACGUUGGUGGAUGGGCUGGAGCGCUGGGACCUCCCCGGGCACUGUACCCCUUGCGAGCUGCUGCUGGUGGGCGAGGUGGCCCUCCCGGUGCUGGUGAACGUCUGGGGCCAGGUCCUCGUCGCCGCCUCCCGUUACGGCCGGGGUCGCCUGCUGGUCGUGGCCCAUGAGGGCUACCUGCGGGAAGCCCGGCUCGCCCGCUUCCUCCACAACGCCGUGCGCUGGCUCCGCUCCUCGCCGAGGGCCGCGGUCGGGAUCGGCAGGGGCCUGGAGCCCCUGGCUGAGAUCCUCCGGGGCGCUGGGGUGGAGGUGCAGCCUGGGGGGGCCCUUGGUGAUACCCUGGGGGUCCACUGCACCAACGCCUACGGGCUGGAGAAGCCGGAGGAACUGGUCCGGUUCCUGAAGGCCGGAGGGGGCCUGCUCGUCGGGGGCCAGGCCUGGCACUGGGCCAGCCAGCACGGCCCAGACAGGGUGCUUUCCGACUUCCCUGGCAACCGGGUGACCGGCGUAGCCGGUGUCUUCUUCACUGCUGCGCCCGCGGAAGCGGGCCUCCUCAAAGUGUCCAAGAAGGUCCCUAAGAUCCCACUGACAGUGCGGCACACCCAGGACUUCACCGGGGACCAGCGGCAAAUCCUGGCCGGUCUGUCGGAGCUGGAUAUCAAGACCGGAGGCCUUCCCUCGCAGCUGCUGGUGCACGGGGCCCUGGCCUUCCCCCUGGGGCUGGACCCCGCCCUCGGCUGCUUCCUGGCCGCAGCCCGCUCUGGCCGGGGCCGCGUGGUCGUGGCGGCCCACGAGGGCCUGCUGACGGCCCCGCGGCUUGCUCCCCUACUGAUCAAUGCCGUGCGCUGGCUGGAUGGCGGGAGGGGCGGCCACGUCGGGGUCGCCUCCGGCCUGGAGGGCCUGUGUCCCCUGCUGGCCCCCACUGGGCUGGCCUGCGGGCCGGGGCGGCUGGAUGAAGGCCUGAGUGUCUUCGUGUGCAAAGCCUACAAUGACGAGGCGGCCCCCAAGAUCCUGGAAUUUGUGGCAGAGGGAGGGGGCUUGCUGAUCGGGGGCCAGGCCUGGUGGUGGGCAUCGCAGAACCCCGGCCAAGAUGCCGUGGCCGGUUACCCCGGCAACCACAUCCUCAACCCCUUGGGCAUCUCCAUCCUGGGCCAGAGCCUGGAGGCCGGGCGAUUCCCGGUGGCCGACCAUGGCCCGGGGCAGUACCACUUCCGCCAGGCGCUGGCUCAGUUUCAGGGGGAGCUGGAGGGGCAGCAGGCCCUAGCAGAAGGCUGGCGCCAGAAGCUGGGGCGGGACUGCGCGGCAUUCCUGCGACUCCCGGCCCAGGAGGUGCCCGCCUACGCCUCCCUGCACCGCAUCCUGCGCAAGGUGGUCCGGCGGACGGGACUCCCGGCCGUCAGCCGCCAGCAUCCCGUGCUCAGCGACUCCAAGGAGGGGGCCUUGCUCCGCUUGGCUACAGAACUGGCGCACUCGGGUGCAGACUGCUCAGCGCUGGCCCAGGGGCCAGGGGGUGGAAGCUGCCUUGCCAGGCUCGGGCCGCCAGGACCCCUUGUCACCGUGGAGAUCGAUGGCACCAACCCAGGCGACCCAGUGUGGGUGAGCACGGGGUUGUAUCUCCCCGGGGGCAACACCUUGACCAUCACCCUCCCCUGUGACAUCACGGGAGCUGGCCUGGAGGUGCAGAUCGGCUGCCACUCUGACGACCUGAGCGGAGCCCAGGAGCUGCACCGGGCCCCGGUAGUGAUCCACCGCUGCUGUGUAGACAAGCAGGAGCGCGCCGUCCCCUGCCUCUGGGGCGGGCUCAUCUACAUCAUCGUGCCCAAGGGCAGCAAGCUGGGCAAGGUGCCCAUCACGGUCGAGGGGGCCCUGCCCGCCCCGUACUUCAAACUGGGAGAGACAUCGCGGGAGGAGUGGGAGGCCAGCAUCUGUCACCGGCCCACCCCCUGGGGAGAGCUGGCGACCAACAACAUCAUCCUGACGCUGCCGUCUGAGAGCCUGAGGGGCCUCACGGACCCGGAGCCGCUGCUGAGCCUCUGGGACCAGAUGAUGGAGGCUGUGGCCAAGCUGGGAGCGGUGCCCUUCCCCUUCCUCAGGCCUGAGAGGAUCGUCACCGACGUGCAGAUCUCUGCCGGCUGGAUGCACUCGGGUUACCCCAUCAUGGGCCACGUGGAGUCCGUGCAGGAGAUGGUCAGUGAGAAGGGCAUGAGAAGCCAGGGCCUAUGGGGCCCCAUCCACGAGCUGGGCCACAACCAGCAGCGCUCGGGCUGGGAGUUCCCCCCGCACACCACCGAGGCCACUUGCAACCUCUGGUCCGUCUACGUGAGCGAGUCGGUGCUGGGCAUCCCCCGGGCCCGGGCCCACCCGGCCCUGCGGCCCACGGAGAGGAAGGAGAGGAUCCGGAACUACCUGGAGAAGGGGGCCCCCCUGGAGGAGUGGAGCGUGUGGACGGCGCUGGAGACCUACCUGCAGCUUCAGGAGGCCUUCGGAUGGGAGCCCUUCAUCGCCCUCUUUGCCCAGUACCAGGGUCCGGCAAAGGUGCCCGGGGACAACGCAGCCAAGAUGAACCUGUGGGCAGAGAAGUUCUCCCACCAGGUACAGAGGAACCUGGCCCCUUUCUUCGAGGCGUGGGGCUGGCCCAUCCGGAAGGACGUAGCCGCCACUCUGGCCCCCCUGCCCCCCUGGGAGGACAAUCCCAUGCGGCUGUACCUGUUCACCACCAACUGAAUGCUGGAUGGGCCGUGAGGGGUCCCCGCUUCUCACCAUGGGGAUCUGCAGGCAGGGUGUUAACCAAGCACCGUACUGAGCACUUAGGAAAGUACCACAGAGCACAAGACACGUUCCCUGCCUCAGGAAACCUCCGCUCUAACAGAAGCCAGGAUGUCUCCCCCACUCAUGACUCUGCCACUGGUGCUUCUUUGGGAAGCUUAGAAUGGGCGGGGAGAGAAGAUCCAGGCAUGGCCUACGGGAACAACCUACCAACCCUUUGGGAGCGGCUGCCGUUGGAGAGAAAACGAGGUGGGGAAUCCGAUGAUGAGGGUCCAGCCUGGUGGGCUCUGCCUCCUCCGGAUUUGCCUAGUGGGGGAUUCCGGCUGGCAGCCCAUGGAGACCCAGCCUGGAAAUCUGGCUGUGCUUCUGCCCAGCCAUUCCCACACUGUAUAACCGGGCCACUGGCCGAGUCCUUUCCUGGCCCCACCCCUACACCAUGCAACCGGGCCACCAGCUGCGGUCUCUCCUGGCCACCACCUCCACAGAGCUGGUGGAUUGUUUAUUCUGAAAUCAUCAAGGUGAGUGGGAUUGAAGGCAGUAGGUCACUGGGGUCCCUGGUCUGCUGAGGCCAAUUGCCCCUUCCCUGCACCCCAGUUUGGCAGUGGGCCUGAACUUCGUCCCCAGGCGCUCAGUGCUGGCUCUGCCACUCAACUUCUGUGGGCCUCAGUUUCCUCAUCUG